AUGACACAGUGGAACUGGAAGACGCGUCGGCAGGAUGGUGAGGACGGGCAUCCACCAUCGAGCUCACGCUUGUACGAAGAGGAUACGGGUACACAAGCACCGGACUCUGUCAUCACAGGGGAGGAAGAGAAGCACAGCAUCUUAGAGGACCUCAUCUCCGACGCCUUCGAUUCCCCCGUGUUCGACUGCCUCUCUACGCCCAACCCAAACGCGGCCUACUCCUCCGGGUCCGUAUACUCCCAACCUUCGAUCUCCCCGCACGACAGCCUCGCGGAUCUUGUGACAAGCAGGCCAGCCACGCAGAGCAGCUUCGCCUCGACGGCGUCCUCCGACGACUCUCGUCGUCGCAAGUUCGCAGCCAGAAGACAAGCCAUCUACGCUGAGUUCGGAUUCAAGCUGCCCAUCCCCGACUCGGAAUCCUCGUCCUCACUACGGCACACCCACAUUCCGACGGGCUCGAGUAAGCCAUUUAACGGGGCGGGAAGCAGCCGGACGACGUCGGCAUACGUUCCCCUUCGCUCCGCGUGGUCAACCUCUACUUCGGCGACUUCUGUGCGGUCACAACUGCUUGAUCAAGCGGACGCGAGCCUGAACGACGAUCCGGAUCCAGCGUCCUUAAUCUUACCGUAUUCCUCAAGCAUCAAUCUAGCCAACCUAGCCAACGACAAACUAGAGCGCUUCUCUGUCCAGGACUCCUUCCUCAGUUCUAGCCGGAAUCCGCUCCUCCAAGACCGGGCUAACUUCACGACGAGCACACCCCCUGCGAAGAGGCGUUCUCACCGGUCUCUCGCGAAGCUCGCAUUCGAUUCGCUCCCGGACGUGCCUGCUCUCCCGGACUUUAUCAAGCGUCCGACAAUGAGUCGACACGCUUCUGGCUUCGGGUGGCAGCCUUGUGCACCUCUGCGACUGGCGAAACUGGACAUUGAUGGUGGUUCCACCAUCCGUCAGUCUUUGAGCACCUCCGAACGCGUGCGGAUGUUCGCGAAGUGGCGGGAUUAUCCUGAGUAUCAUCCCAUUGUCAAGGAGCUCAUGGAUGACGUGGAUAAGUCGAUCUCCGAGUGGAAUCGAGGUUGUCCCAUUGUCGCAUGA